AUGGCGCCUUCUCUCCACCCUCUCAUCGACAACGGCAUUACCAAGGGCGACCCUGCCUUUCCCGGGGGUACACUGCGCUGUCGCUGCCCCUCUGACCAAGUGAUUGUCUCGCUGAAGAGCAACGUUGCGCACAACCACGCCUGCGGCUGUUCCAAGUGCUGGAAGCCAUCCGGCGCACUUUUCUCAGUCGUCGGUGUCUUGCCCCGGGAAAACGUCAAGAUUGAAGCCAACGAGUCAAAACUGCAUGUGAUCGAUUCCUCCGCCGUCAUUCUUCGCAACGCAUGCAAGGAGUGUGGUGCUCACCUCUUUGGCCGCAUUGAGCGUGAUCACCCAUUCCGUGGUCUGGACUUUGUGCACGUCGAAUUAUCGGAUCAGAAGGGCUGGCAAGAACCCCAAUUCGCCGGUUUUGUUUCCUCGAUCAUUGAGCAGGGAUACAACCCCGAGGGAAUGGAUGCGGUUCGGGCUAAGUUCAAGGCCGAGGGGCUGGAGAGCUACGAUGCUCUGUCCCCACCAUUGAUGGAUCUUAUUGCUACAUUCACAGCCAAGAAAUCUGGUGUGAAGUUUGCGAAUCUGUGA